UGGAAGAGGGGCUGGAAGGAAAUGAGCUCAUUAUUUCCCAGCAGGGUAAGAUGAAGAGGAAUUCAUCACAGCUGAGCUCUGCGAGUCAGUCAGUCUGUGCAGAAGGGCUGAGACUGCAAUCUGAGGAAACACACUACUCUUCUGGGUAGGAGUCUGCCACAAACUGUCCUUUAGGCCCAUGAAUUAUCUCUCUCAGCUAUAACCAGCACUUGGUACCUGAGACAAAGACGAAUCUGGGUGCAAAGAAACAAUGUUAAUUCAAGCAUCAAAGAUCUCCAAUAAUACCAGAGGCACUGAGCCAUCCCACCACUGACCAACUGCUGCACAAGCUUUUGUUCACUGGGGUUCAAAAACCAAUGAAAAUAUUGACGUCUUCAUGUAGUAUGAAAGCCUGCGGGACUGAAUGAACCAUAUCUGUGUGCAGGAAAACGAGAUUCCUUAGCCCUGAAGGGUCACGUUUGAUCAAGGUCCUGUAACACUUUUUUUAUUAUAUUAUUUUUGCAGUAUGAUUCAAGGCAAGCUGGAAAGAUCAUUUUAUGAACUAUUAGUUGGGUCAUUCUUUUGCCUUUAAAAUAUUAAUACCUUCACCCUAUACUAAUAAAAACUUUCCCUCAAGGACAUAAAUAACUAGAUGCUAAAUGGUGGUAACUUAAUUUUGAAAAUGUUCAAAUUGGCCAUAGAGUUUCCAGAGCUGAAUUGCAUUAACGUGUUUUCCCACAGGUUAAUUCUGUAGCAGGGCUCAGAAAUGGCAGGAUUAGCAGCACUCCUGUGCAGCAAGGAUGUGGCUAAACUGACUUCUUAGACAACUUCCACAGGACAAAAUCAGCGUGUCUGACAUCUAGAGCUAUAUUCUGCUCACAUAACGAUAAUAUUGCACCAAUAAGGGCAAUAGCAUUUCCUGCACCAUUUUGUUCAAUUGUAUUGAAUAUUCACAUAUUGAAUAUUGCACAUUUCACCUUCGGUUUCUGUGUUUCCUCAGCAUCACUUGUGAGAUGGCACCUGGUGAGGUGACAGGUGGAAGCUGUGACAUGCGUGACCAUGGACCUGUCAUGAUGGUUUCCUUCUGUCCCCUCCUGUGUCAGCAGUGCCCUGGGACCACACUGUCAUCCUUCCACUCCAGGGACCUUCCUGCCAGCCAGGAUGAAGCAGAGAGGUGACAGCUGUCAGUCUUGUGGUCAUUGCUUGGCUCCUGCACCAGGCACAGGGGAGCUGGUAUAGGACUCUGGCAAGGUGACAGACCCACAUAUUCCUCAUAGUUACCCACAUCCAGGACAGGGUAUAUAAUGGGGAGAAAACUGGAUCUUUCUGGUUUGACUGAUGAAGAAGCAGAGCAUGUGCUCCAGGUGGUUCAGCGAGAUUUCAGCCUUCGCAAGAAAGAAGAAGAAAGGCUGAGGUACAUCAGUGCAACUCUACAGAGGGGGGGUUCAGAAGAGAACUAUCUGCAGGCAGAACUCUGCUCACAGACUGUCAGUCCAACAGCUGAGCCCAGAAGUGAAAUGAAGCAGAAGCUGGAUGAAGAGGGUAACAAGUGCAGCAUCCUUUCCAAGCAGCAGAAGUUCAAUGAGCACUGCUGUAUUCGCUGCUGUUCUCCGUUCACGUUUCUUAUCAACAGCAAGCGACAGUGCCAAGUUUGCAAGUACAACAUCUGCAAGAGCUGCAGUUCUUACCAGAAGAAGGAGAAGGCUUGGAUUUGCAGUGUCUGCCAGCAAGCAAGGCUCCUAAGGACCCAGUCUCUGGACUGGUACUAUAAUAAUGUCAAAAGCCGCUUUAAGUGUUUUGGAAGUGCCAAAGUUCUGAAGAACUUAUACAAGAAGCAUAGACUGGAGAGUGGAGUUUGCCCUGAUGUAGUAGAAGGAGAUUUUUUUGAAGGAAGCUUUGAAAAUGAAGGAAGCAUUUGUGGCAGUGACUCUACAUUCUACCGACAGACAGAAGGACACAGCAUGAUGGAUACCCUUGCUGUGGCCUUACGUGUUGCAGAGGAAGCAGUGGAAGAAGCUAUUUCUAAGGCAGAGACCUACAGUGACAGCCUGGACAAGCAGAACGAGGCUUGUUACUUGCAGGAACACAAGGAGGACCUCAUAGAAGAGCUGGCCACAACCAUUGUGCAGAAGAUUAUAAAGAAGCAGAAAAGCAAAGCUGAGCAGGCAGAGGCUGACUUUGAAUGGCCACCAUCCAGGAGCAGUGGCCUGGCGUCGGUUGCUGUCUCAGAUCAGAGCAUGCUGACUUUCCCAGGGAGCCGCAGGGGGUCCUACACAUUGUGGAGGUCUCAGUCUGCAUUCUCCCUGGCUAGUGAAGAUAUGCCCAGCAAAGGACUAGACCCUGCGUCAUCUGUGACUGAGGCUCUUUGGAGGCAGCAAAAAGGACAAUUCAAGAAACAGAAGGAACACAAGCUCUCUGCAUUACCUAGCUGGAAAAGUGUGGACAGGCUAAAUGAAACAAAUCCGCCUUCUGUUUUCCAAAGCACUGAUGGAAACUGGGUAGCUCUGCAGAAUGUCACUUUGCCUCGUCCUCGGAUGCUUGCCAAACCAAAGAGUCAAGUAUUUGAAGCUUUGGAGAACGAAUCCAGCAUUGUGUCUGCCUAUGAUGAGAUGGGCUCAGACAGCGAGGAUGACUACGACUGGAAUGUGGCCUUGAACAAGCUGCGUCGGAGACCUCGGCAAUUACCAGAUGAUUUCUAUUACACCGGUUCCCAGUACGGUACUGAAUGGGUUUAUGGGAAUGACCAGUACCAGGCAGUGAACUCCCCUUCCUCUGGGUUAUACACCAACACUGAGACACUGUUUUCUGAUUCUGAAACAUCUUCAGUAAACUCUUCCCAGGAAGCUAAAGGACCUAGCAAACUUCUCUGGUUACAAAGCAGAACUGAAAGUGAUAAACCCAGAAUAGAAAAAAAACACUUCCAUGGAGAACUGGAUGUAAAUUUCAAUCCACAAGCAACCAGCUUGGAGUAUUCGGACAGCAGUGAGACUGAAGAAGUCCAUUAUGAUUUAGAAAAGAGAUCAAGAAGAUGGAGGAAGAACAAAGCCAUCUCUGAAGAGUUAUGUGAAGGAAAAAAUCACACAAAAGCCAACAAGAGGAAUUUAAGUCAGGAUUUCGAUGAUUUAUCAGAAACAGAUAUAAGCAGUGAGGAUCAGCGUCAUAACAUCAAGCCUGACCUUAUGGAAGAGGAGCUUAAGUCCAGGUUAUUUCAGCUCGCUGCUAAAAUGAGUGACAAGGAAACAUCUUCUGGUGAAGAACAAGAGUCAGAACCUAGAACGGACCCUGAAAACCAAAAGGAGAGUUUGUCCUCAGAGGAAAAUGGCAGAAGUAUUCAGGAAGAGUUGAAGAAGGAAAAACAAAAGGCUUUUGAUCUUCAUUUAAAGCUGCAGUUUUUAUCCACUGUAUUGCAGCAGAAGUACUCUGCUGUCUCUCUCUGCAACAUAUCUACAGAGGUCCUGAAAGUCAUCAACGCCACUGAAGAACUGAUAGCAGAAUCCACCAGUCCCUGCGACUUCCCAGCUGACGCUGAGGACAGGGGCAGAGGGACGUUCCCUCUGGGGACAGACCCUGUCAGGCUCGAUGAGCAGCUCACCACACUGGAAGAAAACGUGUACCUGACAGCCAGCACGGUGUACGGGCUGGAGGGGCAGCUGACCAACCUGGAGGAUGCUGCACGCAAGAUCAACAGUGUUACGGCAGAAUCUGAGCUGGCCGAUCUGGAGGAUCAGGUGGCCACAGCAGCCGCCCAGGUUCAUCAUGCAGAGCUUCAGAUUUCAGAUAUUGAGAGCAGAAUAUCAGCUCUCACUGUUGCAGGCUUGAACGUGGCUCCAUGUGUUCGCCUGACAAGGAAACGGGAUCAAAAGCAAACAAACCAGAUGCAUACAAUAGACACAUCAAGACAGCAGAGGAGAAAACUUCCAGCUCCACCAAUAAAAGGUGAAAAAAUAGAUGGUUCUCCAGUUACCACUGUCAAAACGUUUAACAGAAACUUCAUGCUUCAAGGAUCUCUAACACAAAGAACUAAAGAGAGGAAAAGCACUGCCAAGGAUUUAAUGGAACCUGCUAUAGGAUCUGCUGUGAUGUACUAAACUUACACUUCCCUACUGCCAAUAACACACUGCCUAAGGCUGUACACUAGAGUGCCUUUACUUAACAGCCAUUGUGUAUGUCCAGCUGAAAAUGGACCCUCAAGAACCCACAAUGCCUCACUUAUAGGGCUUCGUUUGGAUACCUCACUGAGAAAGCUGUCCAAGUCUUCAGCAUUGUGGUCUGCUAAAGGAAACUCUGCCUUAAAGUUCUCACAAGACUCUAGAAAGGAUGCUGAGUUUCAAAAGCAAGGCUCCACAUUUUAAGAUGCACUUUUUCUCCCCAUCGAUUGUACUAAAGUAUGUUGUCUUUAAACCGCAGUAUGUUUUUGUACACUCAGUCAAUUAUAGGCCAAUAUUUCACACAAAAAGAAAGAACAAAGCAGACUUGUGUAUUUGCUGGCUUCUUCCUAUUCAUGUGGCCAUCCGUCUUGUCGAGCAAUAAGAACAAGUCUGUGCAGUGUAUUCUGCUUUUCAGCUGCGUGGCGGGGAUGGAGAAUCAGUGUUCCUAACUCUGCUCCUAGGGAGUCAGUGGAAGUUUCGACAGGGUUUGUAGGAGGAGAUGCAAUGUGCAAAGACUUCUCUGUUCACUGAGGGUACGUUUGGCAGAGUUAAUGUUCUAGCUCGAGAGCUAGCUAUUUUGAUCUUGCUGGCAGGGGGGCACGUGGAUGUCAUGUUGAACCGUGAACUGGUGGCAGCACACAUGGACCAGAUGUCUUAUGAUUCUGGCAUCUGGAAACUUCUGAACGCUGUUGUGAAACCCACACUUUUGUGUGUCUUGUUCUUCUUGGUAGCAUUGUCCACUUGAUGGUGUCCAACCACACUGUAGGUCAGAAUAAAUUCUGACCAGAUCUUUAAGAUUGGAGAGGAAGGGAGGGAGGAAGAGAGGAAAGAAGGAAGGAAGGAACGGAUGGACAUUGUGGAUGAGAACUCUGCUGACUGGCUGGUGGUUGUAGGGUGGCUACAACCUGUAAGAGAUUCAAUUCUGCAAUUUCUUGGCCUUUCUGAGGAAGGGGCAAAUGUAGCCCAGACAUCUCUUCCUUUACUGGUCGGUAGCCAACAUAGUAGCCGGGGCCUGUCAGUGAUGCCAUGAGCACCCCCACUACCAUCAGACCGCUCUGAAUUGGAUUGUGAAUGGUAAAAUUUCUUCUUUCAUUUCUUGAGACCUUUGAAAGGUGAAACAAUCUAUAAGGCUCUCGAGCAGAUGCACAGGAGGGAAGAGGGAAGAUGGUGUUUACAGGGUGUCCCUCUCACCCUUUUUGGGGAGGAUGUAGCCAAUUUUUGGUACUUUUUGCUCUGAAGAAUACCAUGGAGGUAGUUAGAGGAGGUGAUAAGCCAGUGAAUCCCUUACCUUCCACACCAACUGCAGAGCAGGUACCCAAACGCAGACAGGGUUGAUGUGAGAUGUGCUGUUAAGGAGGAUGUGGGCUGGCAGGUUUCCCUCAGCGCUGAGGAGCAGUGGGCUCCCCAAGAGCAGUGGGUACCAGUGGAGGAGGGGACCUUCUCCCUUCCCCAACCUUCCAUGAGCAGAGCACCGCACGUUGCCCACUGUGCAGCAGGAAAGCAGAACCCUGGGACACCAGGCAAUGAAUGUUGGGCGAAUGGUUGGGUGAAUGUGAGCAAAACUGGGCAAAUUUCCUGGCUGAGCUGGGUUUAGCGGGGUGGGUAAGGAAUGGCUGGAUAGGACGGUUGGAAGAACAGUGCCAGUUGCAAAUCUGCCACCUGCAUUUGACAUCGAGCUUGUCAGUAUUCUGAUGUCCAGCUGCAUGUGAGGAACCCUCAGAAUAAAUACAACCAUCUUCCCAUCUAGAAUACAUAAGCGUCACUCCAGCCUUUUAGGAGUUUCCGUCUGCCCAAGAUCUGACCCCAUAUGUUCAUUCUGGGAUAAAUUAUGCCUUCUUUUACUCUCACACAAUACGAGUUCUCUGGAAUUGGUUUGCACAGAUGUGAGAGCAGAAAUUGGCCCACUCUGUUUAAUAUAUAAAUACAUAUAUAUAAAACAGAUUUUAUUUAUAUAUGCAAUCCAGUAAAGGAGAUUAAACAGAGUAGGAUGCCUAGUAAUUUUUUUGUUAUCCAGUCUCCUCCUCUUUCCUUGACUGUUCUCGUGUAAGUAUACAAUACAUUCCCAGGUUCUGGUUUAUGCAGGUAUGCGUGUUAUGAAAUGUCAUUAAUGGUGGUUGGUCUACAUAUUCGUCUAAUAAAUAACUAAUAUUGUGUAUGUAAUGUCAAUACAGAAAUGACUAAUUUUAAUAGAAUAACUCUUCGGCUUUUGUUCUGUUAGUGUGAUUUAAACAAGCCAACAAAGUUUGGAAUAGGUUGUUUUCCUUAAGAGGCAUGAAAAGCAACUAUUAUCGUGUUACAAUGUUAAAAUAUUCAGUCUUCUUUGACAGAAAAAUGUGUACUGUGUAGGCAUUGCAAAAAAAAAAAAAAGGAAAAAAACAGAAAAAAAAAAACCCACCUGCUAUAAGGCAUUUGAAUUUUUACAAAUGUUUAUUGUGCCAAAUAUGUGCAAAGAUAUAAUUUACUGUUUUAAAAAAAUCAUAAAAGCAUAUGUUAUAGCACACAAAGAAUUAUUUUGUCAUCAAGUGAUUUCAAUCUUUAGUGUAAUAUUUAUAUUUAGAUUAAUUUUUAUAAAUGAAAAUAUUUUAAUGGGUAAAAUGAAGAAUAUAUGAUCUAUUUGAUUAAGUCUGAGUGAAUAUUAAGCUUGCCUUGUCGUUGUUAUCUGCAUACUCACCAAGAAAUACUGUCAAGAGAAAUCAUGAAAGAGUAAAAGCGAUUUAUGAAAAGAA